CAUCCACCAUCCACUACCUAUACUCCGCCUUUACAACAAGUAGCCAUCGACAGGUAUUCUUUGGCAAAACAUUGUACAUCUAUAAUACACCAGCAGCCCACCGUAUCAUUCGCUCAUCAUGGCUGACGAAAGACCAGUAGUGGUGGACAAUGGAACAGGUUUCGUCAAAACGGGUUAUGCAGGAAGCAAUUUCCCGGAAUUCGUAUUCCCUUCUAUCGUUGGACGUCCAAUCUUACGUGUUGAAGAAAAGGAUGCAGCAGCAGGAGAGAUCAAGGAUAUCAUGGUAGGAACAGAAGCAGCCGAAUUCCGCAAUUAUUUACAAGUUUCUCAACCUAUGGAACAUGGUAUCGUAAAGGAUUUCACAGAUAUGAGACACGUUUGGAAUUAUACUUUUGAUGAAAAGCUACGUAUCGAUCCAAGAGGAAGAAAGAUUUUGCUUACCGAACCACCAAUGAAUCCAAAGAGAAAUCGAGAAGAAAUGUGUCAAAUCAUGUUUGAAGAAUACGGAUUUGAAGGUGUUUAUGUUGCCAUCCAAGCUGUCUUGACUUUGUACGCUCAAGGUUUGCAAACGGGUGUGGUUGUUGAUUCUGGUGAUGGUGUUACGCACGUCGUUCCUGUCUAUGAAGGAUUCGCUUUGCCUCAUCUAACAAAGAGAUUGGACGUUGCAGGUCGUGAUGUGACACGUUAUUUGAUCAAACUUUUACUUUUACGUGGAUAUGCAUUCAAUCGAACGGCCGAUUUCGAAACCGUACGACAAAUCAAGGAAAAGCUUUCUUUUGUCAGUUAUGAUUUGGACUUGGACAAAAAGCUAGCAGAAGAAACGACAACAUUGGUAGAAUCUUACACACUUCCCGAUGGAAGGGUGAUCAAAGUUGGCAGUGAAAGAUUCGAAGCGCCCGAAUGUCUUUUCCAACCUCAUCUUGUAGAUGUCGAACAACCUGGUGUUGCAGAGCUAUUGUUCAACACAAUUCAAUCAGCUGCUGUGGAUACCCGUUCAGAGUUGUACAAGCAUAUUGUAUUGUCGGGAGGGUCAAGUAUGUACCCCGGAUUGCCAAGCAGAUUGGAAAAAGAAUUGAAGCAACUAUACUUGACAAGAGUUUUGAACGGAGAUGGAAAUCGAUUGAAAGCGUUCAAAUGCAGAAUCGAAGAUCCACCAAGACGUAAACAUAUGGUAUUCUUGGGAGGAGCAGUGUUGGCAGAUAUCAUGAAGAAUCGUGAUUCGUUCUGGAUCUCUAGACAAGAAUGGUACGAUCAAGGUCCUGCUUGUCUAGAAAGGCUAGGUCGACAUGCAUGAUUUGUACAGACUUGUAUUUAAGAGGAUAAUCACUGCAAUUCUAAUCUCUGAACUGAUUGUUUGAAGGGUAUGCAAAUGCGAUAUGGCAUUAAAUGAAAAUAGAGGU